ACCUUGCUUGGUUUCUCAAGAGCAUCUUCUCCUGAAUUAGGCCCAGUUUGUAAUUAUUCCCCUCUCUCCUAGAAUUAAUUGUUAUUUAGUCAAUUAUUAAUAAUAUGUCUAUUUUUCACCUUCGACCGGCUUUACAACGUGAAAUUUUACAUUUUUUGCGAUCUAAAGGUCAUCUAAAAGCAAGUACUGCUAGUUAUUAUGAAUACAAAGAUGUUAUUGGAAACCGAGAGAUAGUUGGUUUUGGAAAUGAUGGUCAACCUUUUUAUUUUGAUCGUCUUAAUAAACCUUUCCCAGCAAUACGAUUUAAGGAAGACACUUCUGAAAUGUUGGCCUUAAAGGAAAAGGAAAAAGGUGAUUGGAAAUUGUUGUCCAAUGAAGAGAAAAAACAAUUAUAUCGACACUCGUACUGUCGCACAUAUGCUGAAUUAACAGCUCCUACUGGUAAUUGGAAACAAGUUAUUGCUGGUAUACUCGGAAUAAUGAGUAUCACUUUACUAGUUGUUGCUGCUGAAAGGACAUACAUUUAUCCACCAUUACCGGAGUCAAUGAAUCCAGAGAAUACUAAAAGAUUUAUGAAAUUCGCUCUUUUCAACAGAAUAGAUGAAUUUGAUGGUUAUGCAUCAAAAUGGGACUACGAAAAGAACUGCUGGAAGAAAUAGGCUAUUUUAAUCUGCGUGUACCUAACAUUUUUUCCUCAUUUAUUAAAAGAUUAGCUGUUUAUGAAA